AUGGCCAAGUUACUAACCUUCGCUGCCGCUAUCACGACCGCUGCCUUUUUUGGAGCUGCCCGUGCUGCCACCGUCGAGGACACGUGCGUUCUCGCGGACUUCCAAACUGCCACUGCCGAUUUCAUUGGCCUCAACAACGUCCUGAGCCUCGUUCCGUCGCUGCUGCCCACGUACAUCACUGACCCGCUCAUCCUCACGAACCAGACACUGGAAGGCAUCGAUUUCAAAGUGCUAGGACUCAAGUUCGAGGCCACACCGUCGUUCGAGCGGCUGAACGUAACCGGUCUCACGACGAUCGCGCCCAAGACGGCCAACGUUACAGGCAGCAACACGCUUGACCUGGGAGCGGAUUUCAAGGGUGAAUUGUCUGUGAGCGGCAAGUUUUCGGUCGAGUUCGCGCAGCUCGACAAGAAAUGGUACCAAAUCUGCUGGACGAGCCUCCUGCACCAACAUAGCUGUCCGCCGGCGACUGUCACCGUUGAUGUCGCUCUGGGACUGAGCAAGCCUACAAUUGUAGCGGGAGUUGAAGCAGAUCUGUACCAGUGCGCUUCAGGCGUCCCGUCGUCUGUGUGCUCGAACAUGACGAUCACGUCGAUUCUUGUGGCUGCACUUGGAGGAGAUCUCACCAGCGUUCUCAACACGGUCCUGCACCACUUCAAGGACGCGUCACUAACAUCGCUUAGUCUUGAUUGGGACUUGAUCACAAACAUCGACCUCACUUUCGAUGACACUGGUGCCUUCAUCUCCAACGUCAUCAACGGACUCCUGGACUUCACGGCGGAGAAGCUCAACAAGAAGAAGGCUGCUUACAAUACGUUUACCAAGGUCUUGGACAAGCUUGUACGCUCGCUGCUGAACAACCUGAUCGACCAACUGCUGGUGCCGCUUUUCGGUGCCACAUGUCUAAACUGGUUUGAUAAUCAUGGUAGUUCUUCUUACCUUGCAGUGCACGGCAUCCACAAGUGAACUGAGGGCGAAGAUACAAGUGGGGGUGGACCUGUUGGAUGCUAGUAACCUGGUGACUUUGAAUCACUGACUCAUAAGUUGUGAGACUCUCAAGCACCACUGUCAUUGUGGAUACUAACCGGUCGUGGCUCAAGCAAGCACCAUGUUUUAAUUGGGUGAAGGGGGGGGGGGGGG